AAUAUUAAACAAAAUGUGAAUUCGCUCCAAAUGAUCAGUGCAAAAAUGGAAAACGUUCAACGCAACGCGUAGGCAAUUUUCCAAAACGAAAUGUCUAAUGCGACCAAUGAACUCUCAACAAAUAACCUCACCUCCUCCACUUCCCUGCCCAAAACUCCAAAUCUUCCUCAAAAAAGUCCAAAAACCUCUCAAGUAACCUCAAAUCUAAACCCUGACACAGCUACAACAACAACAACACCAGCAACAAAAUCUACUCCUAAAGCAACCUUAACAAUCGUCCCGAUUCCAUCAUUUACGGUUCUCAAUAACGACACUUUAGCCAUUUCGAGUAAACCAAACGCCAUAGUGCGACCAAUCCGGCGUAUAGCGCCCUUAACCGGGCCAAACGAUUCGGCCGACCAUUUCACCACUCCAAACAAUGGUGAGGAGGUUGAGACGUUCGCCAAAGCGCUAAACCGAAAAUUAAAACGAUUGCGUAACGCGACUGGUACUCACUUAAAGUCAUCGCACUCAUCGACCAAUGGAAGUUUUGCUGAUUCUAUUAACAAACGUCCCCUUUUUAUUACCACCGUCCCCACGGGAGUAUUCUUACCUCCGGCGAAAGAGACGCCAAUUUUGCCGUCAAAACGUGUUUAUGCAUUUGCCACCCAUCCUCGGGUGUAUGCCGACUUAAAAGGCUACAAGGACAAACUGGACAGUUCGAUUAAAGGUCCUGAUAAGGAACUAACAACACGUUUGCAUGGAAUUAGAGCAUUCAGUCAUUUUCUUAGCGGUGGAAUAAAAAAGAGAGAAACACCACCUCCUAGUGAACCGUACAAAAAUUUAAUGUUCGACCGAAGGGUAGUUCGUGGAAGCAAUUUCGCCGCACCUCCUGUCGAGAUCGAUCCAUGCAUAAAAGAAGCUGAAUUCCGUCGACGUCAAUGUUUGAGACAACGAUGCAAACAACGAAAUCAGCGAAAUGUAAUUGGAACACCACCUCCAUUAGAAGGAAGACGCCACGAAAGAAUACAAACAGAAAAAUACUUGGAAGAACUCUAUGCUCGACCGCCUGAGUAUGAUGCCAAUACCCAAACCGAUCUGUUCCUCGAACGACCCCUAACACCACCAUUUAUUGCUGAAAAGGUUGGUGUAGAUGCUGGAACAGAAAUAAUCGAUGGCGAUCUUUUUGAUUUCGAUCGAGAAGUUCAACCGAUUCUAGAGACUCUUGUCGGACACUGCGUUGAACAGAGUAUCCUUGAAGUUACCCAUGAAGAAGAGGUAGCUGAGCUGCGUAAAAAGCAAGAAGAAUUUCUUGCAAAUAGAGAAGCUGAUUUAGCGGAGCUCCGUCGUUUGGAAGCAGAAGAGUUUCGAUUACAAGCUGAAAAAGAAAGGCGCUUACGCCAAGAUAGCAUAGCUAAAGAACUCGAUACAAAAAUGCAAAAAGGAGUAACAGCGGCAAAACUUUUACAAGGUCAUAUUGCUAGCCUUUUGCCAGAGGUCCUUGCUAAUUUGGAACCAAUUACCGAUGAGACUAAGAAAGCCGAAUUGGAGAGCAAAAUUUGUCCGUGGCUAACAAAAGAAGUUGCCGAAGAAAUUGGUCAAAUUGUUGAUUCUAGAGAAAUUUUAACAGCAAUUAUCAAAGAAAUCAUUAAGCAACGUGCUGCCAUCUAUGCUAAUUACUCAGAAGAUGAACCAUCACCUGAAUUGGUUAAAUCUAUGGACGAGGAAGAAGUUGCAAUGGAAAAUGAUGUUUUGGAAGAAGAUUAUAAGGGAAAAUUGUGAUAAAAGCUAGGAUUUCGGGAUUAUAUGUCCUGGUGGAAUGUUCUUUUUUUAAUUUGUUUUAUAAAAAAAAUAUUGAUUACAACUCACAGAUAUAUACAAACAUUAUAUUUGUAAUACAUAUUCAACUUAUUAAUACACUAAUACAAUAAAUUGAUUUUA